CAACCAAUGGAACAACCAGUGGGGCAACAAUUGGAACAACCAGUGGAACCAGGGGAACAAUUGGAACAAUGGUUGGAACAAUCAAUGGUACAGCCAGAGCAACGGGUUGAACAGCACCGGAGGAGAAGACGCCCUUGACCAGAUGAGAACGACGCCCGCAAUUGAAAGCAGCAAGGAUUCGGCGGCCUCCGUCUUGGCGCCGCAGGGCCCAGGCGACAAGGAGGCCGACAAAGAAUGGGGCAAUGAGUGGAAAAACGACUGGAACAACCAGGGCAAUAACCAGUGGAACAAUCAGGGAAAUCAAUGGAAUAACCAGGGUAAUAAUCAGUGGAAUAACCAAGGCAAUCAAUGGAAUAACCAGGGUAACAAUCAGUGGAACAAUCAAGGCAACAAUCAGUGGAACAAUCAAGGCAACAAUCAGUGGAAUAAUCAGGGAAACAACUGGAACAAUCAGGGUAAUCAAUGGAACAACCAGGGAAAUCAAUGGAACAACCAGGGCAACAACCAGUGGAACAACCAAGGCAACCAGAAUAAUAACUGGAACAAUGGGGCUACUGAUUGGAACGCAGCGAAUGGUGGUGCUGACGCUGGAAACUGGAACCAGGGCAACAACCAGUGGAACAACCAAGGCAACCAGUGGAAUAACCAGGGCAAUCAAUGGAAUGCUGCCAACGGAGGUGCCCCUGCGGCCAACGAUUGGAACAACGGAGGGAACAACCAGUGGAAUAACCAGGGGGUCCAGGGCGCCAAUUGGAACGACGGGGCAAACACAGCCCCCGAUACGACCAACAAUUUCAACAACGGAGUCAACGCCGGGAACGGCGCAACCACUGCGAAUGGAUGGAUGAACGCUGGCAAUAAUGGGGCAGUGGUCGGGAAAGAGGGCAUGCAAACAGCCACCGGAAUGGCCAGCAACCUUGCUUUCAACGUGGCGGCGGCGGCCCGGGCUUACGCAAUGGCCAGUGUGGCGGCGAUGGACAACCGCAUCGUCACCUUGGACAACAAAUAUUUCUUCGACACCUGGAGGCCUGUCACGGCGAUCCGGCUGAACGCUGAUCCCCCACAGCCAGAGUGGGAGCCGCUUUUGGUCACGCCCGCCACUCCGGAGUACCCAAGCGGGUACGGAACGCUGGCGGGGGCGAUGGUGGAGGUGAUCAAGACGGUGGCAAACAACGGCUUGGAUGAAGCGCCCUUCAUGCUGGCGCUCAAGGGCGCAAAUGGCGAGCAACGGAACUAUGCGACCUUGUCAAGCAUCGCCGAGGAGAGCGCCGCUUCACGCGUCUAUGGGGGCCUCCAGUGGGCCCACACGACCGCCCCCUCCUUUGGCUUGGGACAACAGGUUGCGACCGCGGUGUUGGCUGGCUUUGACACCAUGUACGCGCCACAGGCGGCUAUUGAGACCAUGAACCAGCAGUAUCAUCUGGCAGAGCCCGUGCAGCACGUUCUCCUACCUGGCCCACAGCAACGGGGCAACCGACAUAAGAAGAAGCGUUGGCAUGGUCUACGGAUAUUCAAGUGAAAAGAGAAGAGGUUAAAAAAGAUGAGAUUGACCGCUUUCCACGAAAAGGAGCAACUGGAAAAUUUACUGAAUGUGUAUUAUGACGAUAUGUUGUCCUUAUUUGGCAAGGGGGGCGCCGUGGGGAGGAAAAAAGCACCAUAAAGUAUUCGACGCGGACUCUCAGGUCCCCCCGACCAGCACUUGGCCACCGGCAAAGGUGAAAAGAGAAUGGGGGGCGAUGUGAGCGGCGAAGGGACAAUGACUACGUGUUAAUCCUGUGAGUCUUAUGGGGGAAAACGCACACGGAUGUACAUUUGAGAGGCCGAGGCGGCUUGUAGAUAGCACCCAUGAGCGACAGCAAGGCUCGCAGCGGACACACUCUUGUUUGCGGUGUUGCAUGGGGAAUUACGUGGAUCCCAUCCGGGUGUCUUCCUGUUAAAUGGCCUUCGAUAUUCGCUAUUACCGUCUGAUCGGACUGCGCUGCUCAUGCAUAUUUUAUUUAAUUUGGCACAUGUCUUACAUCCAGCAGCCUUUGGCGGGUCCGUGGGGCGGUCGCCGCCCUGCCCGCGCUUGCGUCGAGAGACGUGCAGGACGGGUCUGGGGAAGAGCAGGGGAGAAAGAUAAAACGAAAUAAAGAGGAACGAACUGCCCAACGCCCGUG